CUACCGAUAGAUCGACCCACUUUCUUCUCCUUUCGGUGCCGCCUCUUCCUCCUCUUAAUCCUGCUGUUAUCAUUAGUAGUCUUGUUAGUUGUGAUUCUUGAAAGGCAGUCCCCAGUUGUGUGGCAACAAAUCUUGUUGAUCGACACAAUGGAGGACUCGGUAUCUGGAGGGAGUGAUGAUGGAAAAAAUUGCCCACGAGGACAUUGGAGGCCUGCUGAGGAUGAGAAACUCCGGCAGCUUGUUGAGCAAUAUGGCCCCCAGAAUUGGAACUCUAUUGCAGAGAAACUUCAAGGGAGAUCAGGUAAGAGUUGCAGAUUAAGAUGGUUUAACCAACUUGACCCAAGAAUUAACAGAAGGCCAUUUUCAGAAGAAGAAGAAGAAAGAUUACUUGCAGCUCAUCGAGUUCACGGCAACAAAUGGGCUCUAAUAGCUCGGCUCUUCCCCGGCCGAACCGACAAUGCCGUGAAGAAUCACUGGCAUGUUGUCAUGGCUAGAAAACAUAGAGAACGCUCCAAGCUCCAUGGCAAGAGAGGUUUCCAAGACCUUCUGCGUAACCCCAGUAGCUCUUCCUCCUAUAACUUUCUUGGCAAGUGUUCAAAAUCCCAAGCAGAGAAUCAGUCGAAGGAAUUCCACUUCAAUUCAAGCGGAUUCCUUGAAUUCCAAAGCCAUGGCAAAGAUAGAUUGUUUGUGGCAUCACCAUCGUGUUCAUCCCACACAUGGGCAUUUUCUGGUUCAACCAAUACAACCGGAUCACAGUCAAUUGAUAUCUUCCACGGCGGAGGAAGGGAUUACUUCAGUUCAAGUUCACAUGCAUCAGACCAGUCUCGUUAUAGCUACUGUACUACUAAUUCUUCCAUCUACAGCGGAUGCAGGAGCUUCAGUAGUGCACCAGUGCUUCAUAACUACAAGAGGGUCAUCUAUAAUCCACAUCUGAAUCAUAAGGAUCAUGAUGAGGGUUUUGGAAGUAACAGAAUGAUCAAGAGUAGUGAGUUGGUGAGGUUUGGAGAUGAUUUGAUCACACAGAAGUUAAGAAGGAAUUCGGAGCAAGAGCAAGGAGAUGACUCCAUCAAACACAAGGAUGUCCCCUUCAUAGAUUUUCUUGGUGUGGGCAUCUCUUCUUAAUUACACUAUACAAUCCUUCACAUUUAAAUCUUCCUUUUUCUGUAAAUUUAGCUUCAUACUUUUUCAACUUCUCUUCAUA